GUAACACUACGUGAGGUAUCUGCUGUGUGUCCGCCCCUACCGCCGGACUGUCCGCCUUCUCAUAUAUAUUUGGACGAUGCGGGCUGUUGUAGUAUCUGCUCCAGUAAUCAAGUUUGUAGUUUGAAGCCUAGUUCAGAGAGCAGAGGAGAAAUAGCCUUCUACGACCCGGAGCAUGGAAACUGCUCCAACCCUGAACCCGUCCCAGGCUGGUCAGAGUGCGGAGGAGCCUGUUCGUCCGGCUCCAGGUUUAAUUCAAGAUUAGGUGAUCAUAUCUCCUACUGUACCUGUUGUCAAACUACUGCUAUCAAAUCUCUCUCCGUCAACACUUUAUGCCAGGACGGAUAUACUCUAACAGUAGAAAUCACGAUUCCUUCUGAAUGUAGUUGUCAGGCAUGUGUUGAAUCCAAGGGAGAAGAUCAGAUACAUUCCAAUACUGCAUACUCUAGUUCUUCCCUGGGCAAUAUUAAUACAGCUGAUGCUGUCAACUUUAAAGAGAAAGAUGGCAAAAGAAAUGAAAUUCAAGGAUUUGUUCAAGAACAAGAACCUUUACCCAAUCAGAACCAAGGAUAUAUUCAAGAACAAGAACCUUUACCCAAUCAGAACCAAGGAUACAUUCAAGAACAAGAACCUUUACCCAAUCAGAACCAAGGAUAUAUUCAAGAGCAAGAACCUUUACCCAAUCAGAACUAAGGAUAUAUUCAAGAACCAGAACCUUCACCCAAUCAGAACCAAGGAUACAUUCAAGAACAAGAACCUUUACCCAAUCAGAACCAAGGAUAUAUUCAAGAGCAAGAACCUUUACCCAAUCAGAACUAAGGAUAUAAUCAAGAACCAGAACCUUUAACUAAUUAUAACGAAGGAUAUUAAAUCCUUCAUUAUAUAAUAUGUUUGUAAUAAAAAAUCACUUUAUAAAUAGAAUAUGAAUUUA